AAUGCAUACUGCCAGGAUAGUCGGCCGAGGUGGCUAUUCGCAACAGCUCUCAUUCGAAAAGAAGAAAGAGAGAGAGUAACAAAGGGAGAAGAGAGCGGAUACGAAAGAGGGAGAGAAACAGGCACGAGGCACUGGUGGAGGAGGCAUUAUAUACUCUUGCUGGAUCUUCGUUCACCGUCAGUAUCUUGCCCGAAUUCGUGGCACCGACAUCGCAAAUAUUAAACGCUGCAAUACUCGCAACUGCAGCCAAGAACGUGAUUAUCCAAGCCGUGGAAGAGAUAUAAGAAUUUUGCAGAAAGAAAUCCAUUCAUUUAAAUUCGCAUUUUACAUUCGUGUUCUGCCUGCAUUCUUCGAAAAAAGGAGUGAUUGCCAUCAGGGAGGAGAGCCGAUACCACUUCGAGGUUGCCAAGAGACACCUCUUUUUUUUUCCUGACUGAUUGAGAUCCAGUCCCGGGGGUUUAUCAUGGCCACUUACGCAACUUAUAGGCAUGUCGAGCUUGACAAUGUUGGAUAUGGGAAGAAAAGCAUUGCACUUGAACACUUCAUUGCACAUGAACACCUCAUUGUGUGAACAUUGGAGAACACUUUCAGACAAUGUGCUCCCGAUGUAUUUGUCCUAACGGCUGGAACCGAUGGGAGACCUACCGCAUUUGAUGUGCGCAGGAUUUUCUGACAGUUCUUGGAUAUCGUAACUCAUAUUUUAUGGUGUUGAAGCCGCCUGGCGGUGGUAGCAGCGACAUUUUCGGCGCAGAGGAGACAAGUCCGCGUCGUGUCAAGACCCACAAUCAGUCGCAGCUGGGCUCGGCGCUUUUCGGCAACGCCAACGAUAACACGCAUGCCAUCCUGUCACCGCGGUCUAAUAAGCCCGGUAAUGAUUCAUACAAUCGUCUGUUUGGUCCUCCCGAUGCCCCACCCACUCCAAAUGCAAAAAAUCACAUGGGCAACAAUAAUAUCCUCAGCGGGGGAUCAUCAACUUCGACGCUAUCAUCGAGCACCAAAAGCAUAAACAGCAACAAUUCAUUGCCAAAUAUUGCUAAUGGCUUUUCUAGCAACGGCAAUAAUUCGUUCAACGAUGUCACAGCUUUUAGGAGAAAGAAACGAUUUCGAGGAUUGCCGACGCGCAACCCGGUCACCGGAGACGGAAUUGAGGUGACGCCUGUGAGGUGCAAUCCACGAAAAUGUAGAGAUGGCAAUCCGGUAACAGGAACUGGCUAUACGUCUGAGACGCAGAAAAACGGACCAGCCAUGCAGAACGGAAUUGCUAGCUCGAAUUCCAGCAGUAGUGGCGAAAAGUCAAAUGAUACGUCGCCAGCGGCAGCAAAGCCACGUACUCGUAUCCCACCUGGUGGCUAUUCAUCUGGACUCUGGUAAAGGGCAAAGUCAUCAUCAAUCGCUUUCUUUCCUUUCCCCCCCAGAUAUGUUCUGAUUAAUUCUUUCAGCUCUGUUACUUUUAACUCAUUAAAGCCCACUAUCUCUUAUAAAAUCUUCGAAUUGCUGUCCGUAAAACGUCCUGAAAUAGAAGUCUAUUUAUAUAUACCGUAUAUCUCUAUGGAUAUAGUUUUCUAUAUUUUUUCUAGAAUCCAAAAAAGGAAAGAAUUGUAAGACAGGCGAAAUAAAUAGUGGGUUUUAGUAAAUUAACAUCAUUCUGCUUUAUACUAUUCAAGGAAAUGCAUAGAGAAGAACAAUAAUAACAUUUAUAGGCCUUUCGAUUUUUGGAUAACUAUUUCCGCCAAUAAUCAUUCUUGAAUUAAUUCAGACCUAAAUACAUGGUGAUAAUCAGUUACUUCAGUAUUCAAAUGAAUAUAACAUGAUAUUCGCAGUUAGGAAGGUCGAGAAGAUUAAUAUAUAUAUAAGGAUGAACAAAAAUAUUAUAAUAAUAAUAAAAUCAUUAAUCCUCCGAAUAUCUGCAACGCAGAAACGAGCAAAAUUGCAUUCUUUUAACGAUGCAAUUCGAUCAACAAUCUCUAAUAUUAACAUCGGUUUUUUUAAAUCCUAGAUUUCAGUCAUGUGUAACGAAUUCUAUAUUAAAAAAAAAAAAUAAAUUAGAAAAUAUCUGACAAUUAUAAUUUUUAGAUAUUUUAAUGGAAUUUUUAUAAUCUUUUUUGCCACAAAUGAAUGUAGAAAACAUGAGCAUAAACCGGUCCUGGGUUUCUCUCGAGCGUGAAUUACCGGUCCUUCAAUUAGCUACUCUAGUACAAGUUUUAUCGCGUAACUGUAUAGAGAUAGUUAAAGCGAUCAUUGCGCGUAAAGCAUAUUUUUUCAUGACUGAAAUGUUACGUCGGUCGAUGAACGAUUCGUGAGUUGUAAAUCUUUUUGCUAGGAAGUGCGAUUUCCUCAUAACAGCUUACAUAUAAUGAAUCAUUAGAAAUAAAUAGGAAAAAAAUUAAUGUUCAUGAUAAGAGAGAUGGAAAAAAAAACAUUUAUUUUAAAAUCAGCAUAAAGUAAGAAAAUAUUGUGCAAAUUAUUUCAACCUUUGCUUUACGAGGCAUUAAUUGUAUUUCAAAAUAUUUACUGGUCAAUUUAUGAACAAUCUUAUCAACAAUCUUAGUUAUAGAAUUACAGUAAAAUUUGAAAAUUAGCAGUUUUCUAAUAUGUUUAAUCAUAUUUAUUAAAAUGCUUAUUUGUUUUAUUUAUAUUUUCUAUUUAAUACGAAAUCUCAUUUAUUAUAUGAAGUAUGACUGUCGUAUCAGGUAUCGCAGUAUUUUGCUCGUUUCCAAUGUUGCAUAUUGCGUCUCAAUCAUAUAAAAAUUUAGAGAAUGUCACAUGUCUAAUGAGAAUUCGCUGUCACCUCGAAAUGAAAAGCAAUGAUAUUCAUAUAUACAUAUACAGAACAGUACCAAGAUCGUAGAAUUAUAAUAUCGCGAUUAUCACAAUAUAGUACGACAUUGAUUAGGAGUGAGGAAAGAAAAAGAUCGUUGAACUAUUCAAAAUUUCUGCCAAAUAUCGAGAAAAGAUAUAUUGAAAUGUGUCUACAUGUGAAAAUAAUUAGCAAGAUAAUUAACAUUUUGAAUGGAGUAUUAUAUUGCUUAAUGGCAAUGUUACAAAAAAUAAAUUCCAUAAAUAGUCAGAGGAAUGGAUCGUAAAAAAACAGCAAUGUUUUAUGAUGGAAUUAGGAUUGUGGAAACGUCGGAGUUAUACAUUAGAAGUAGGCAUGUGUUAUUUCCAAAAAUAAAGCUAUACUAUGUAUAACCCAUUAAAUAAAUCAAGUGCUUUUA